UUCUCUCUCUUCGAUGGAAGCGAUGGAAAAUUUGUGCUGAGGCUUAGAGCCACCACCAGCAGGAGCAGCAGCAGGAGCAGAAACAGUACUUGAGGACCACAAUAACUGGCAGGACACACGGGGCAAAUCACUGCGUCGUCAAAAGUCGAAGAAGCAAAACGCAGAUACACUCGCAUCAAAGCAGCCCACCAACCAGGAAGCUUCCUCGUACUCCGUACUGGAAGUUCAGCGCAGAUCAGGGAAGUCGUCCUUCUGGGUUGUCGUUCCGUAAAAAAAAAAAGAAAUGAGCAGUGAUGAAGAAAUUGGUGAACUGAAAGUUGUAUACGACUUUAUUGCUCAGGCUAAAUUCAAAAAAGCUUUUGCUAGUGCGACGAAAGUGCUCGACCAGCGGUCACCCCCUUCACCGGAUGCCGAGGAGGAAGAUCCGCUACGGGAGCUGUUUCUGUUCGUCGUAACCAAGUAUGCGGACCAGCUGGAGCAGGAGGGCAAAAUCGAACAAGUGUUUGAAAUCAUCGAGCAGGGUUUGGAAUACUUUCCGGAACACCCGGAGCUACUGAACGAGACGGGCGUGCGGCUGCAAAGGUAGGCGCUCAGAUUCCCACAUACACACACAUACACACACACAGCAGGUUAGCCUUUAGGUACACGCGUGCAAAUACGCACAACGCGAGCUAGCCAUAUGAAGGACAUAAACCACUACCUGACCCGCCACCUGCGGGCGAAGGUAAGAGCGAGAAGCACAAUCAAAGAGAUUGCCCAACAAUUGUACGCAAUCGAUAGAGGAUUGAAAUUAGGUUUCCUUUGGGACGUUGGAUGUCUUUCGAUGGACGAGGUAAGCAGAUUGCUCGAUUCGCUAAAGGCGGCAAAACUGCUACAGGACACAUUGGUCGUUGUGCAGAUUGGGCACGAGUCGGCGGAUGAUUUUGGCGUGUGCCACAUGAACCGAUUUGUGGGUCAACAGUUGUGGCGCCCUACCGUUGUCGAUGUAUCCGCUGGACAGGCCGCCCCCCAGUUAGCUGACGAGCGUGUGGUUGCUGUUUGUAAUGGUUACACUAGUUUGUUGGAAUCUAGGCUCGAGAUUAUACGCAGCCAGCACACGGCACGGCGAACUAAUACACCAAUCGUUGUGUGGCCGAUUGGCCCCAGUGCUUGUCGUACAAGCGCGUACGGAUUGUUCAUUGGCUAUCCGGUAGUGUACUGGUAUGAUACGGAACGCACACAGGACAACUGUUUAGCACACGUACCGUUGACCGUAUUUCAAGCUAGUUCAAACGAGCAAACGAACACAUUGUUCAACCCGUUCGUGUCAUUCAGUGUUCCUAACGUGCUAUUAAACGAACAGGCAGUAAACGAGGCAAUCACCGUAUGGACAGAAUCUAUGGCCAGGGCUGGCUUAAAGUGCGUUACUUUCUGUAAGGUUUUCAGUAAUGUGAUUAUGUAACAAAUUAUCUCAUUAGGGGUGAGUUUGUGCACCACGAACAGCGUUAGGGGUAGUGAGGAGAUUCCACUAAGUACAAUACUAUAUAUGCGUAAACCAUAUGGUUUGGUCAGUUCAUCAUUUAACUCUGUUUGCUAAGCUUUACUAUGGUUUUGUUACAUUUUACCGGACUCUAGUUGUAUUACCACCGUCUAGUUGUAAUGUUUGCAAGAGGGGAGAGGAGAGCUAAUGAAAUAAAUUGCGAAUACAUUUACAAACGA